UAACAGAAAAGACUCGUUUUAGCCUCUCUUCAGAUAUAUGGUGGUGUGGAUCAGAAGUGCCGGAGCAUUUCACUUAAGACAUCGGUUGCUACCCCAGAUAUUAAUUGCAGUCUUUAUCAGACUGAGAAGUUCUGUUUUGCGGAGGAGUCUAGCCUUAUCCAAACUUGGAAAAAAGCAAAUCACCUGGACUAAAAAUUCUAGACAGGGACUACCAAGUGGUGUUUGUGGAAUCGCAGCAUCGGCUGCCUGGUUCACAUCCAAGUCUGCAGAAGUGAAAAUGUCUGAAAAUUCAACGGCAGUUGCUAUUAAAGAAGCAGACGGCUACUAUGAUCAGAAUGACUUCCAGAAAGUAUACGACACCUUAGUGAAGCACAAAUCCGAUACCUCAAAUUGCGAACUACAGUGGAAAAUAGCGAGAGCUGCCAGAGAUCUAUCGUGUCUAUCUUCUACUUCGAAAGAGAGGAAGAAGGAACUCACUUAUGAGGGACUGGAGUGUGCCCAGAAUGCAGUGAACUCUGAUGAUAGUAAUUUUUCAGCCCACAAGAAUCCUCCAUCCGGUGUCACAAAGGCUGUCUUGUGUCGGUCUUCCUCGGCUACAGGCACUUGCCAAUACCCAUCGCCAGGUCGAGGGAAGAGAAGUACUUCUGCCCGUUAA